AUGUGGCGCCGCAAAAUCACAGUCGAUGACAAGGCCAUUACUGAUGGUGUUGGCAUCACCCUCAAACAGUCUCUAUUCCCAUGGUUCCUCGGCAAGUCUAAAAGUGACCAUCCUGUUUUUCCUCUGGGGCUUCGCUUAUGGCCUGCUCGACGUUUUGAAUUCCACUUCCAAGCAGAACUAAACAUUACCACCAGUAUGGCGUCUGGCUUAUCUGCUGCAUACUUUGGCGCGUACGUCCUCUGUCCCCUAACUAUCUCAGGGUGGAUCCUUCGCCGUUACGGCUUCCGAGUAACAUUCAUGGUCGGCCUUGCUGUUCUGGCUGUUGGUUGCCUGCUAUUCUGGCCCAGUGGAGUCAAAGCCUCAUUUGGGGGCUUCUGUGGUAGCAUGUUCGUCGUCGGCGCGGGACUUUCGACAUUGGAAACCGGCGCCGACAGCUUCCUCUCUAUCUGCGGUCCGCCUCGAUACUCGGAAAUCCGCCUGAACCUUGCACAGGGUGUGCAAGGGAUCGGGUCAUUCGCAGCUCCUAUACUGGCCUCGCGCGUCUUUUUUGCAAACACCGUUGAUACACAGCAAGGCCUGAAGAACGUGCAGUGGGAGUCUGGGUACAGUUCCGCUAUGUCAUCCAACCUGUUAGCUAUCGGCCAAGGGCUUUAUGCCUUCAACCGCUUCGUUGCCAGUGGAUUCAUAACGCUCGGUCUCAAGCCUCGAUAUAUCUUAGCGGUAUACCUAGCGUUAUGCUUUGUCUUCGGACUGGCGGCUACCCUUACGCAUGGCGCAACCAGUGUUGCGAUGUUAAUCCUGGUGUUGUGCUUUGAGAGCGCAUGCUUCGCAACCAUCUUUAGUCUUGCUCUGCGUGGUUUGGGAAAUCAUACAAAACGCGGCGGCAGCUUGCUCGUCGCCGCCAUUUCAGGUGGAGCUGCCAUUCCACCGAUGACGGGCGCAGUGGCCACGCAGACGGGCAACUUCCACUAUGCGAUGGCAAUCCCGACUGCGUUUUACGUGCUCGUUAGGGUAUUCCCAGUGUACACAAAUACUGCUAGUAAGAAGUUUUUGGAUGGUCAUCUUCAGACUGAUUUGAACUUGAACGCAAAUCAUGCUGCGGUGGAGAAAGCUGCACAAUUGCAGAUGGACCGGACAGACUCGAAGCCUGGUGCUGAUCGGGUCGAAACUGUUAAUAUCUAA